UUAUACAUUUAUAAGUAAUAGAGCGUCUAUUUUAUAUGGACAGAUUUUUUAUACCGAACUAAGAAAACAGCUUAUCGAUGAUAAAUGAGUUAAUGACCAAACCGAACCACCUAUAAAAAUAAAGCAUUCAUACGUGGACUUAAGAGUUACUCAUCUUUUGCAAUACUCAUCCAUACUUCUUCUAAUCUUCAAUCUUAAGCACACUUUUAUGAUUUCCAUCCUUAUGUUUUAUAUUCAAGAAUUGCAUUAUGCUACUCAAAAGUGUUUUAAGGCUUUCAGAAUUGUCCUAGUCAUGUGCUGGUAAUAUCAAACUGUUAAAUCAUUGUAGACUCCUAGUAUAUAGUAAUACAGCACAGCGGCAGUGCUACUCAAAGGAGUCCUCCAGUAGAGUCAAUCUAGCCUGGCUAUUAUUCUUCUUAUUUGGCUAACUCAAACUAGUGAAAUCACUAUUCGAGCCUGGUCUUUGAUAGGGAAACAAUGAUUUCUUUUUCUUUUCAGAAAAUGAUAGGGGAACAAUAAUGGAUCAACCACCGCACUGAUUACAUAAAGAACUGCAAGUUAGGUUGUCUCUUGCAUAGCAGUUGGGAAGAGAUAGGUAAUGCAGAAAAAUAAUAUAUAGUGGAUCGAGCUUUUUGAUCUUGCACGAUUUGCACUGGCACAGAAAUCCUUUAAAGGAGCAGCAAUACUCAUCUAGUGGAGUAGUACAACAAUGAUGGCCUCCGACUCCGAUCGCCUUCGUGCCCUCAAGGCUUUCGACAACACCAAGGCCGGCGUCAAGGGCCUCGUUGACACGGGCAUCACCACCAUCCCCUCCAUCUUCCACCACCCCCUCCCCCUCCACCGUUUGCAUGCAGAUCAAGAGCACCACUUCACCAUCCCGGUCAUCGACCUCGCGGCUGCCGUGGGUGCUACUACUACUACUACUGCACCAUCCGAGCGAGCUGAGCUGGUCGCCGCGGUGAAGGCGGCCGUGGAGACGGUGGGCUUCUUCCAGGUGGUGAACCAUGGUGUGCCCAAGGCGGUCAUGUCAGAGAUGCUUGCGGCGUUGCAGGGCUUUCAUGAGGAGACGGUGGAGGCCAAGGCGCCCUACUACAGCCGGGACUCUCGCCGGCACGUGAGGUACCAGAGCAACUUCAACCUGUUCCGGUCACCGGCGGCCACCUGGCAUGACACCCUUUUCAUGGAGACGGCGCCGGAGCCGACGCCGCCCGAGGAGAUCCCUCCCGCGUGCAAGACCAUCGUGCCUGAGUACACAAGGCUGGUGCAGCAGCUGGGCCGCACCCUGCUCGAGCUGCUGUCGGAGGCACUGGGCCUUCACCGUGGGCACCUGGAGGAGGAUGCUGCGUGCCUGGAGGGGCUCGCUGGCCACUACUACCCGUCCUGCCCAGAGCCGCACCUGACGUUGGGCACCACCGCCCACUCCGACCCCUGCUUCCUCACUGUGGUCCUCCAGAACGCUGUGGGCGGCCUCCAGGUGCUUGUCGACGGACUACAGGAAGACGACAAGAAGAAGUCGGAUGCUGUGUGGGUGGAUGUGCCAGUGGUGGCGGGCGCGCUGGUGGUGAACGUCGGCGACUUCCUGCAGCUUGUCUCCAACGGCAAGUUCAAGAGCGUGGAGCACCGCGUGGUGGCCAAGAGCGCGGGGCCGAGGGUGUCGGUGGCCUGCUUCUUCGGGGCGGAGGGGGCGACGAGGGUGCUU